CUCUCGAUAUGCGGCUUGGGCUCAUUGUCGGUAGAUGACUGUCAAAGGGGUGCUGAGUAAGUUCUUGAUGAGUUCAUAAUCCGAUAAUGAUGCAUGCUUAUUCGGCGGGGAUCCGUAUCAAAGCUAAAAGGCAAAGCAAAUGUCGGCAUGGAAUUGAUAUGUCAAUCCAUGACUCUCCUUCUCGGAGGCCGAACUGAAACAAAAGCAAUAGUAAAGGCAGUUCAGAAUACGCAAUCGAAAGGCCCAUUGGCAGGGUUCCAUUGAUAUAUGAUCACGUCCAAUGGGUGCAAUAUAAGACCUGGCUAUGAUACUACUAGCAUGGCAGUUGGUAACCCUUGUUGUCUGUAUCCAUCUCCACCUUGUAUUCGUGCCUUCCCUAGCAACUCAUUUCAACUCAUCGUCUUAUAUAACUCUCAUGGACUUCUCAUUUAUCGCCAGGCCACAGAUUUUGUACUCGCAACGUUCUCCACAAUAUCAUGAUAAUAGAUAUUCUACCAUCACAAGUACGACCAUUUGAGAAAUUUAAACCGUGAAAUUGUUCCGAGCAUCACCUCGUCGGACAUCACAUUUCUUUCCCAGUCCGUAAAUCCUCUCAUGAGGUGCAUCCGCACCGUCUCCUGGUAGAAUGGAAGCCAUUUCACAGAAUCCUGUGGUCAUGACCGCGAAAGCCGUCCUGCGGAACUAAAGGUCCAAGCAUGCCGCUUUUACACGUAGUCUUUCUACACCGCAAAACAUUGAUCUUGGGCUUCCCUGUAGACACAAUGCCGUCAACAGUGAGUGAAG